UUUAUGGUCAAAAUAUUUCCAUUUGGUACAGAUUAUAAUCAGGAUUAAUUAACGUUAUGAAAAAAUUAUAGUUUUGUGAAAAGUUCAAGUUUAAAAAUAUUAUAGUAUAAUAAAUAUUCUAAUUGAAAUUGAAUUAUAAAAGAAGUAUAACUUCAAUAAAUGUGGAUGAAUAAUGUUCCUAUUGUCUAAUAAUCUUCGAUUGUAAUCUUUUCCACGUAUAUACAACGAUUGUACAUUCUUAUAUAUAAUCUAUUGUCUAUAAUAAUAUAUAUGUAAUUAAAAAAAAAUAAUUGAUCAACUUUGUCAUCAUGAUUAAGGCUAUUUUGGUUUUUAAUAACCACGGAAAGCCACGUCUUUCAAAGUUUUAUCAAUACUUCAAUGAAGAUAUGCAACAACAGAUCAUUAAAGAGACAUUUCAACUUGUAUCGAAAAGAGACGAUAAUGUUUGCAACUUUUUGGAAGGUGGUAGCCUAAUAGGAGGAUCUGAUUAUAAAUUGAUUUAUCGUCACUAUGCCACCCUUUAUUUUGUAUUUUGCGUUGACAGUUCUGAAUCAGAACUUGGUAUUCUAGAUUUGAUACAAGUUUUUGUGGAAACAUUGGACAAAUGUUUUGAAAAUGUGUGCGAACUAGAUCUUAUAUUUCAUGUCGAUAAAGUCCAUUAUAUUCUUAAUGAAUUAGUGAUGGGUGGUAUGGUAUUAGAAACUAAUAUGACUGAAAUACUCACUAGAAUAGAGGAUCAAAACAAAUUGGAAAAACAAGAGGCGGGAAUCACAGCUGCGCCAGCGCGUGCCGUAUCAGCGGUGAAGAAUAUGAAUAUUCCUCAACAAAUAAAGGAUAUGAAGCUACCUGACUUACCACAAGCAAUAAAAGAUCUCAAAUUCUGACCAUCCAUUACGUCGUUGGCUCCCAGCUGACUACUUUCUUCUGCCAUCCCAAGUACAAGCGAUACCACUUCAAGGAUUAUCUUUCCUUCCCUUCGAGUGAAUGAAAAUGCACCAAUAUUGCCCAACACCUCGUGCACUUCGUCUCAACGAUAUCAGAGUUAAAGUGUAUAAAAACUAUUUAAAUAAUUAUCUUCUUUGCACUCUGAACAAUACUUUUGACAAAGAAAGAUAAUAUGAAUUGAUCGAAUUUCCAGACAAAUUUCUAUCGAAGACUGAAAUGAAAUUGUCUCAUAAAUGUUAAGAGAUUCGAAAAGUAUAUUGAAAUUUUGUAUUAUACAAUAUACAAAGAGAACAAGCAGUUAAUCCCUAUAUUUUUGGGAAAUACAAACUGUUCAAUACUGUUUCUGUAUAGUUCUGAAGGUACACUAAUUCUAUGUUAUUACAUACCAACUAUUGCAUUUCUCCCAUUAUUCAUAGUAAUAUAUACUUAUAUUUUGUUUAUUAAAAACACACACAACCCUUUAUAAUAUUAUUAAAAACAUUAAACAUUUAUGUUAUAAUGUAAUAAAAAUAUAUUUAAUAAACAUUUCU